AUGGGGUUUUGUUCGUUCAAGAGGAAUCUCUCGGAGGAAGAGGAGCUGCAGAUCAAGAAAAGUGCUGCGAUCGACAAGCAACUCAAAACAGACUGGAGAGAGGAAAAAUGCUCGAUCAAACUACUGCUGUUGGGAUCCGCCGAGUCGGGAAAAUCGACCGUACUGAAGCAGUUCAAGCUCAUAUACGGGACGGGGUUUACGAGCGUCGAUCUGAUGACAUAUCGAUCUGCCAUCAUGGGAAACGUGGUCGCCUCAAUGAAAGCGCUCAUCCAGGGAUCGAUAGAUUUCGCGAUCCUGGUCCAUGUGAAGGAUUCCAAGGAGAAAAUGGCAAUGAUCAUGGACCUGCCGUACGUGUUUAUGAAUACGGCCGGCCAGGAGAUGAUCUCGUCCGAGGUGCUCAAAGCCAUGGAGACUUUGUGGGCCGACCCCGGGAUCCAGAUGUGCUAUCAGCGGUCCCACGAGUUCCAGCUCCCAGACAGCUGUGCAUACUUCAUGAACAAGGUCCGAGAGAUCUGCUCGCCAAACUACACCAUCACAAACGACGACGCCCUCCGUGUCCGGAUCAUGACCACCACCAUCACCGAGAGCAAGUUCAACAUCAACGGCGCCAUCUAUCGGGUCAUUGAUGUUGGUGGCCAGCGCAGCGAGCGGCGCAAGUGGAUCCACUACUUUGACGAUGUCCGGGCGGUUCUGUUUGUGUCGGCCGUGGGGUCGUAUGACCAGACGAUCUCUGAGGACCGGUCAACCAACCGAAUGAUCGAGGCACUGGAUGUGUUCCAGAAGGUGGCCAACAGCUCGGCGCUGUCGAACACAGCGUUUCUCGUUUUCCUCAACAAGAUCGAUUUGCUGGAAGAGAAGCUGAGCAACCCGAGCAAACCGUUCAACAAGUUUUUCCCAGACUUUCAAGGCCAGCCGUCGCUCGACGCCGUUCGCAACUACUUUGUCGGUCGAUUCAAGAUGGUCAACAAGAACCCGGAUCGGCCACUGUAUUUCUAUGUGACUACGGCAACGGAUACGCAACAAACGAUCAUCACCCUCAAGGUCGUCGCCGACAUUGUCAUGCAAACGAACCUUCGCGAAUGCGAGCUGUGAACGGCGGAGGCGAUCAUCAGUAUCUGUGAGUUGAUGAGAACAGCGAGUCUGCCACAGUCCACGACGAGGACAACCGUCUUCCGCGAGCAGAAAGUGAAAUGAAAGAUCUCUACACUCCACUUCUUUUCAUUCAGCAGCGACAGAAUUAUAA